AAAAAGAGUGUCGCCCUAAUGUUUAGAGUCUGUGGCACGGUAGCAUUUGGUUAAGGUUUCCGCGUUGAAUUUUUGUUCCUUUUCGCGUGAAAAUUGACAGAGCUUGCAAUUAAAAAUGCUUGAAAUAAGAAGAAAAUAAAUGGCAAAAUCUGUUACAAAAAAUGUUACUAUAUCUUUAGAAAAUUCUCUAUAUCGAGUUUUUAAAAACUCGAAGGCCAAAUGAUGAAUACGUACACUCCCAAUUAUUUCAUAAUUUCCUUUCAAAAGUGAAAGACUAUUAACAUAGAUAUAGUAUUACACGCGUUCGAAAUCACUAUUGCUUAAUACAACAAAUUAUCCAAUUAAUUUAUCUUUUUACAUUAUUAACGGCAGGAGAUGUCACACAAUUUUUUUUUAUUAAAGGUAAAUGAAAUCGAUCGUCAACAUGGACAAGUCAGAGAAUCAACUGAAAACCUGGAAAAGGAAAAACAUAAAGUCGAAUGCGACGUCUGAGGUAAUGACCCAAUGCGUCCAGGUUGUUGUAAGAUGUCGACCCAUGGACGAGAAGGAAAUAGCUCGCGGUUACACGCGCGUGGUGGACGUGUUCCCAUCUAGAGGGGUGGUCGAGGUUCGUCAUCCGCGGGAUGACCCGACCAGCGAUAAUGUGAAAGUUUUCACGUUUGACUCGGUUUACGAUUGGAAUUCCAGUCAACAAGACCUCUACGAGGAAACGGUCAGACCGUUAGUAUCCUCAGUCCUGGAUGGCUUCAACGGUACUAUAUUCGCGUACGGACAAACGGGCACUGGGAAAACUUACACUAUGGAAGGCCUCAAAGGCGACUACGACAGGCGGGGUGUAAUCCCGCGGUCCUUCGAGCACAUUUUUAAUCACAUAGGCAGAUCCGAGAACAUGCAGUACUUGGUACGAGCGAGUUACUUGGAGAUUUAUCAGGAGGAGAUACGAGAUCUUUUGCAAUCCGAUCAAAGCCUUCGGUUCGAGCUGAAAGAGAAACCGGAUACCGGUGUAUUCGUGAAAGACCUGUCCACGUCGGUGUGCAAAAGUGCAGCGGAGAUACAGCAGUUGAUGAAUACAGGGAACCAAAACAGAACUAUAGGCGCGACUAAUAUGAACGAGCACAGUUCCCGGUCGCACGCAAUAUUCUUGAUCACCAUUGAAAUGGGAUCCAUCGACGAUACAGGAGGAAUUAGGGUGGGUCGUUUGAAUUUGGUCGAUCUCGCCGGCAGCGAGAGGCAGAGUAAAACUGGCGCAUCCGGCGAACGGCUGAAAGAAGCAAGUAAAAUUAACUUAAGCUUGUCGGCAUUGGGAAAUGUGAUUUCCGCUUUAGUGGAUGGGAAAACCACGCACGUGCCGUACAGAGAUUCGAAGCUGACCCGACUGUUGCAAGAUUCUUUGGGUGGAAAUUCGAAGACCAUCAUGGUUGCGAAUAUUGGUCCUGCCAGUUAUAAUUACGAUGAGACUUUGACCACACUGCGAUACGCGAAUCGCGCAAAGAACAUCAAGAACAAGCCGAGAAUAAAUGAGGAUCCGAAGGACGCUCUUUUAAGGCAAUAUCAAGAAGAGAUUGGUCGAUUGAAGGAGAAAUUGGCACAGAAAGGCAUGGUGCAGAGACGAAAGAAAAAGUCGAAGAAGAAGAAAGAAGAUGAAGCCGCAGAUUCGGAAUCCGAAGCGGAUGAUAGCCGAAGCGAGGAUAACAAAAUUGAGACGGACAAGAAGCUCAUCGCGGAACAAUUGAAAGCGGAGAAACAAGAAACGGAGACUCUUAUACUGAGAAUAAAAGACUUGGAAAGCAAAAUGCUCUGCGGUGGUAAGAACAUUAUAGACCACACGAAUGAACAGCAAAGAGCGCUGGAACAGAAGUCGGCUGAGAUUGCAGAGAGAAAGAAGCGAGAGGUUGAAAUGCAACAGAAGCUUGAAGAUGAGGAGCUUACAAUGCUGGGCGUGAAGGAAACUUAUACGAAUCUGCAGCAGGAAGUAGACGUGAAGUCUAGGAAAUUAAGGAAAUGUUUCACGAAGUUACAAGUAUUAAAGCAGGAGUUGGAAGAUGUUACCAAUGAUUUCAAUAGGGACAGAAGGGAUUUGGAGCAAACUCAACAUGAGCUCAUGAAAGAAUUGAAACUGAAGUAUCUUAUAAUAGAAAAUUUCAUUCCUGAGGAAGAAAAGAAUAAAAUCUUGUCAAGAAUCCAUCUCGAUGAAGAGGAUGACUGUUGGAUAGUAAAGGAUCCAGAACCAUCCAGUAUAGAGACGAUAAAGAGACCUACGUCUGUUCCAGGUGCUCGAAGGCCGAUUUCUGAAUACGCGCGUAUUGCUCUAGCCAUGGGGAGGGGUUGUCGCUACGCAGGAGAAAACAUAUUGAAUUUAGACCUUGACAUGCCUGCUAGAACGACAAUGGAUUACCAAGGGCCGGUAAUUGCACCCACAAUUCAAGCCGUCCUCGAAGAAGCGUUACGCGAUGAGGGCGAUAUUGACGUAGAUGCAUCGAGUGCGAAACUCAGAUCCAAACCGCGAUUACAGUCUGCAAAAAUACGACCUAAGAGUGUUGGAAAGAUUCCACAGAUUCCGCCGCCUGUUUAUCCAAAGACGAGAGGACUCGUGCCGAAAUAAAAGAAAAUACGUUCUCUUGUAUCUGUAAAGUGAAAUGUAUAUAUUGUGCAAACUAUAUUUUGGGUUGCAUUCUACUAAUUUAUAUAGACCGUUGUGAUGGUACUGUGUGUAUCGAUAAGCGCAAAAUAGUUGAAGUCUUUAUAAUUCUCUAGUCAAUGUGCACUGUGCAGCCACGAGGUAUUAUUGCAUUAAUAAAGAACACGAAAUAAAUGAUAACGUUAAGACUAAACACUUGGUUACUUUUUAAGCAAUUAUAGCGGGCAGUAUCGAUAUCCGUGAUUUGGAGUAAUUGCUUCGAUGGUUUGACCUGCUACUGCGAACAUAAAGCUUACAUACUUAAAACAAGUUUGUUUCUAAAACGUCUUGAAAGUAAGAAAAUAAUAAUAUAAUUUCUACGCUAUUAAAAAUACUAUUACUAAUGGCAAUAAGGUAUGUAAAAGUUAAUUUUGUCAGAAUUCUCAAUAGUACAUUAUGUACAGUUUAAUUAUAUUUAUUGAUUAAAGAAAUGUUAAUUAUUGGAAAUGUGAUAAAAAAUGAAAAAAUAUAUCUGGCACGUUUCGUUUAUUUAAUUACCGAUUGACAGGUCAAAUAAUCAAGACUGAUUAAAAAGAAAAAAAUAAUCCUAUUAAUUUAGAUUUAUGUUUAUUUUUGAAGGCUGGCAGUUGUAUAUUUAAAUUGAUGAUAUUUGUUAAAAUAAAAUUGUGAAAUGUAGGGUAAAGAGAUCUGUUUAAGUAUCUUUUUUUUUAUACUGCUAUGUUUAUUAUUAAUUUAAUUCUAUUUUUAUUAUUAUUGAAUAUUAAGAACAAGUUCCUUGGUGUAUUUAUAGUUUCUCUGAAAUAUGAAAAACUUAUACACAUAAAAGUAUUUACAAAACGAAGAUUAUUCUUUACUAAUUUAAUACACUUUUACAACAUGUUCUCUUAAUUAAAAAAUUACACAUAGUUGUCCUCGCUAUUACGUAUGUAUAUGUGUAUACAUAUACAUAGUAAAUAUAUAUGUAUAUGUAUAUUUUUUUAACGUUAAAAGUGCUUGUAAAAAUAAUGUUCAAUACUUUCGACUCCUUUGAUGUUUUAUCACACUUAUCUGAACCUGCUAAAUUAUAAAUAUGAUAAACAUAUUAUCAAUUAAUAAGAUUGAAUGAAAGAUAGCAUAACAAAAUUGUAAUCGAGAGUAAAGACGUUUCUUUCAAUUACGUUCCUAUUUUUCUUUACUUACUUCAUUCCCGCUGACAUUGAUGCCUCAACACUUCAUUCCAUAAAUCCACGUUCACACCACGCGCCUACUGCGAUAUACUUAAGCGA